AUGCCUGCCGUUAUUCCGAUAAUUUGUGCCGGAAAUCUGUCAGGGAAGGGAGAAUAUCUUAAUUGUAACAUUGACUGGGACAUUUUACUGAAAUCUUCUCUCAUCUACUUUACUAUUGUGGGACUCAUUGUCAUCUUUAUGUACUCGAUAGACUGGACUGUCCUUGCAAUUGAAAUGUGUCAGGAGAAUCGAAAGAAGAAAAAGGAGGCCGCCAAGAGAGAAUGCCCGCCGCUGUUGAAUCCACCAAAUUCGCAAGACGCACCUGAGGAGGCUCACGAGAGACAAGGCGAGAAUGUAUCGAAUGAUAAACUGCAAGGCGAGCAGGAGAAAGGCAUCACAGAAAAAGGUCCGGAGUUUCCUGAAGAGAUGCGACAGACAAACUACGGUACAAUUACCAUUUAG